AUGAGACAGCUUACUCAAUUACAGAUACUAAAAGAACUCGGCUACCUUUACCUUGAAGCCACUGACUAUCCAAAAUCAAUUGAGUACGCCCAGAAGCUUCUAAAUUUGGCCGACAUGUUGAACGUUCAGAAUUUCAAAGCAGAUGCCGAUUAUUUACUUGGUACAAACUACGCCCAUCAGAACUCGUUCGAGAAAGCACUGUCGCAUUUAGACGCAUAUAAACAAUACUGCCAUGAGACCGCUGACGAGUUAGGCAAAGCCAAAAUAUUGUUGACGCGAUCCCAAAUUGCUUGUCAACGUCACGAAGAUGAAACAUUUUUACUGUAUGCAAAGAAUUUUCUCGAGAAAGCGAAAACAGCAAACGAUGAAAUACUAGAAACUAAGGCCCUGGUUAAUCUUGCUAUUGCUCAUUUGCGCCUUUUUGACAUACAAAAAAGCUUACACUUUUCCGAAAAAUGUUUGCAAUUAGCUAAAAAAAAUUGUCAUGCCAAAUUGGAGAUAGAAAGCAAGUUUUCAAAGGCCACUGCAUAUUUAGUGUUGGGAGAAAAUGAGAAAGCGUAUUGUAUGCUUAUGGAAUGCCUUAAGUUCCUUGAAACCGAUCACAAGAAUAAAGAUUUAGAAUCCAUGGUUUUGGGCAACAUUAGCUAUGCAGCCCGUCAUUUGAGCCAGAAGUACGAUAGCAACAAGCUGAGGAAAGAGGCCUUGGUAUUUAUCCAGAGAACUCUAUCAAUUUCCGAAUCUAUUGGUAAUUCUAGUUAUGUUGCCCUCGGUCAUUUAAAUAUAGGUCUGACGUAUAUGGAAUGUUACGAAGACUACAACAACGCUAUCAAACAUUUCCAUGAAGGUUUAAGAAUGGGAGCGGAAUUGAAAAUCACCAGACUUAUUCACAACUGCUACUGCAGCCUCGGUAGGUUACACGAAGCCAAAGGAGAAAGGCAGGUCGCGCAUGAGUAUUUCACGAAAGCGCUCGAAACAAUCGACCCACCUUGUACUCACUGGGGUGAAGCGGACAAUCUACAAUUCAGCCCCGACUACUGGCUGGCAUUACAGCACAUCAGCGGGAAAAAGUGGAAAGAUGCUGUGAAAUGCCUUCAAGGAGUGAUUCAAAGAUGUAAACGUCAAGGUAAGAGUGUCAGUGACAGCCUUCUCAAAAUAUCCUUCAACGACAAGCUGACAAAGCCAUACCAAUAUUUACAGUAUGCUUAUCUCGAAAUGGAAGCCACUAAAGACGCUUUAGUCAUUGGUGAAGAAGGUAGAGCUCGAGAUUUUUACGACAAACUGGUAGACAGAAGCGACAAUAUCAUUGAAUCUACCCCCAACCCAGAUCUGUUCAAGAUCUCCAAAGCUCACAAUACAGCCGUGUUAUUUUUAUCUCAGCUGACUGUCGUAGGUCGAGUGUAUUGUUGGUUUAUCGGAAGCGAUGGCAGAAUCGUAGAUGUAUUUUGGGUGUCACAAGACAAGUGGAAACCAUUGCACACCAAAUUGUGUGUUAUCAUGCACGAAUUUGCAGUUCAGUGGGAGAAUUCAGAGACAUCCAUUGAAUACAGAGGAGUGGAGACGUUGGAAGAUGACACUGUAGUUUUGUUUCCUAAAUAUUUACAAAGCCUUAGCGAACACACAGAAUCUUCAAGGAACAACGCGUUCGAGAAGGAUGUUUUGGAUCCAGUUUCUGGCUCAAAACAUUUGUCCAGCCGAUUUGCGAAGGAAGAAAGCAAUCAAAGUAUAACAGGAGCCAACGAAUCGAUUCUAAGAUCAAACCAUAGCUCCAUAUCUCGGGCCCAAUCAUGUUUUUCUUUGAGACACGAGGCAGCAACAAGUUCAAAGAAAGGUUCAACAAAUCCAAUCGAAGAGUUAUCGAAGAUUACCAAUGAAAUAAGGUAAAUUAUAUUCCAAGUGAAACUUUGGGAAAAUUAAUGUAUUUCUAAACCGUAGCUUCUCAUACCAUUUAAAAUAGAUUAAUGAACUCGCGUUUCGAUAACGAAAUAAAUUGUUCUGG